AUGGGCUCAGCAUCCAGUAAUAAGUCUUCCAACUCUUCCGUAAAGUCAAAAAACAACAGGAUUCUGUCGGAAGAUCUGAUAAGCGCGCCAGACGAGAACCCAGAAAUCAGAGCAGCCAGUUCCGCCACGACUUGGACUCUUUGGGGUGGGAAAUCAGGAGGCAAUACUGAUAUUUUUAAAGACACCAGCAAGCCAGGCGCAUCUGAAGUUGACAAUAUUACUAAAGACACUCAUAAAUACUCUGAAAUUAAUAAAACGAGCGAAUCAGGCUGGUGGAGAAAGUCAUCAAUUAGUUCUCUUAGAACAUUUGCCAAAAAUGAUAGUGCCGAACCGGAGGCGAAGAAUGCAACUAUCCCUAAAAAACAAUCCCCAGGACCUCAAGAACUGGGAAUGCUGGCCGAGCCCAGAAGAAGGGCGUGGUCCUUUUGGAAUCGAAAAAGCGCGGAAAGUGAUGAAAAUCCCCCGGCAGCGGAGGUUAUUGACACCCCGUCAAGUACCGCUAACGCUUUGAAACCCAUAAUAAAUGAAUUAAUAACUGGAGUACCUGAUGAUGCUAUUUUGUACAAGAAGAAAUCGAAGGACGACACUGCUGGGGAACAAAAUCUGGAAAACAAGAACGAAGAGCAAGGCCAUUUAUUAAAUAUUCUCACUCCGUCUUUCGAUAUUUUGCCCAAGCUCACUACCAUGGCCUCGAUUUACUCUAACGUGGGUGAAUACGGGCGUAAAUGGCACAUAUUGUCCAAGGACACAUUGAAACCCAAAUCCCUUCAUCAAAGAAAGGCAGUAACUACUUUAAACGCGCUUAGAUCUGAUGCGGAAAAGCCUGUCAGAGUCUUAUUGAUCGGAAUUCAUGGGUUUUUUCCGACUCGAAUGAUUAGACCUCUUAUCGGUGAACCCACCGGCACAUCUACCAAAUUUAUCACAGAGGCUGAGAAAGCCGUAAUCAGGUGGUUCCGAAAUCAAGACACACAAGUCGAGAUCAGUAAGAUAGCCCUCGAGCGUGAAGGUAAAGUAAUGGACCGCGUCAAUUUCUUUUUCGAAGUCCUUACCAAAUGGGUCGAUGAAAUUAAUAAGGCCGAUUUUAUUUAUUUUGUUGCACAUUCCCAGGGGUGCCCUGUGUCUAUCAUUUUGCUGGCAAGGUUGAUAGAAGCUGGUGUUAUUCGCUUGGAUCAGGUAGGACAGGGCUCCGAUGAGCGAGAUGUUACAAAAGGCAUAAGGAAAAAUAAGGUUGUAAGCAUAUUAGCUAUGGCUGGUGUUAAUAAUGGGCCCUUUUACGGUGUGGAUCAGACGCUGUUUGUGAGAGCAUACUCUACAAUAGAAAAUGAUUCAUUAAGGGAACUCUUUCAAUUUCAAAAUUUCCAGUCGGUUCUGGCCAGGAAAUUUAUUCAAAGUCUCAGAAUAAUAAUUGCUAGCAAUGUCAAAAUCACAUUCGUUGGUUCAAUCAAUGAUCAAUUGGUGCCGUUAUACUCUUCCACAUGCUUAUUCGCCCAUCACCCGAAUAUUUUCAAGGCGACUUUUAUUGAUAAAGACUCCAAAACCCCAGAUUUUAUUACGCGCAUAGUUGGAAUCGCGAAUCAUUUGAAUAAUCUGGGAUAUGAUGAUCAUGGAAUAAUAAAAGAAAUCAGUGGGUCUUUAGCAGGCACGUUAACUGGCGGGGGGCACUCUAAAAUUUAUAAUGAGGGACACGUUUAUGAUCUGGGAAUUAAAUUUGCAUUGGAGACUUCGAAUAUCCCCCCUGAUCAACCAGUUGUCUACAAGACCUACCAAGUUGAUGAGCUAGGCUCGAACCCAUACCACUUGCCGUGGUGUAUGAGAGGGCUAUUGUACGAGACUGGCUUACAUGUAGGCCGAGAACAGAUUGUAGAGCUCUUUCGAGAAUUUGAAGAAUGGGAUCCUGAAACCAAAUUACUCAAAGAUGUGAAGUAUAGACUUAAUGGUUUAAGGUCAAAGCUAUGA